GACCACAGAAACCACAACAGGUUUGACCACAGACGGCUGACAUUCAGGCAGGGAAGAGACUUUAUCUUCUGCUGAGAGGAUGAUACUUGGCCUCGUGUUCCUCUUCCUCCUCGUUUCUCCAGCGCUGCCACUCAAGUGCUACGUGUGCAGCUCCUCAGCCACCAAUGAAGAGUGCAACCUGACCACGCAGGAGUGCCAGCAGCCGCUCGACACGUGCAUGACCACCGUCGACACUCUGGGGGUCAUGAAGGCCAUCGUGAAGCAGUGCGCCAGCAUGGCCACAUGCAGCGGAGCUGCCUCCAGCGCCUCCGUGGACCAGGAGGGAAACGGGAACUCAAUCAACUGCUGUCACGGCUACAACCUGUGCAACUUCAGCGCAGCAGAAUCCACUCACACACCCACGCUCCUCCUCUUCACUGUGUGUGUUUUACUGCCUCUGCUGCGUUGAGCUCAGUCACACUCACCUGCGCUGCUGUCUGUCUAAACCAGGGGUCUGCAACUCUGGUCCUAAAGAGAUUACAGUAGAGCUUUAUUUAUCACUGAGCCAGCGAAAUUUCUGCCAGUACAACCCAUCAAGACAACAGAAAAAAAGCAAAACAGAUGACAACACAUGACAUGGGUACACUGGUGCAAUUAGCUGAGAAAGGAUGACACUGGGAUGGAGGAGGGAAAAAAAGGCAUCUUCACACUGUGUAUAAAUACAGUGUGAAAGUGCAAAAAAAAAAGCACAGAAAAGCAACAUACUCAUAACAAAUUUAACAACAUCAUAACGAAGACUUGCAUGUGUGUGUGUGUGUGUGUGUGUGUGUGUGUGUGGUAUGUUUGUGUACUAUGCACCAGAUCUACUCCUCAACCAUUGUACUUGAUGUUAUCAGCCGGUAUAGUUAGUGGGAGCCGAGCGUCUUGUUUUCAUUCAUCCAGGGAGACUGUGACUGGAGCGGCCUGCCAAGCCGCUCUGUCAAGGUCAGGUUGUAGAAUCAACUAUUGAAUUUGCAAUUUCCAGCAGCAAACGUCCCGUCGGGGCAAGAGGGCUCCCCUCUGCCCGGUCAGAGAAGAGCCGCACUCCUGCAUGUUUUAGAUAUCUGUUUGCAUCACCACACCUAAUUCUAAUUAAAGGCCGUCAUCAGCUUCUCAUCCAGUUCUGUACAAGUCUGUUAAUGACACAGUCCUUUGUAUCAGGGUGUGUUGAUGCAUGGAAACAUGGAAAACAUGCAGGACUGCGGCUCCCUAGGACCAGGGUUGCCUUCCCCUGGUCUAAACUCUACUGUUGUGUAAUAUAAUUCUUCCUGUAAAUACCUUUGGAGAGAGGUUGGAGACACAAAUUGUUAUAUAUUUCCCAUGUUUAUAAGAUUGAAGCUAUGUGUGAUAUAAAAACGAAACAACUCGUAGAUACUUAAAUAUGCCUUUGAUUGUUCUAGCAUUUUGAUUUCCACAUUUUUUAAAAAGCUUUUUGUAGUUUAACAAUGUUAUCUCCUCCAUAAAUCAUGUUGGAAAACAAUCAGUAUCUUUUUUUUUCAGAUACAUUAAGAAUGAUUAUAAGAUUUCUUUAAUUAAUAAAGAGAAGACUAUUUUGUCUUUUUGCACCUUAGUAUAAAGCUACUAUGUCUUAUUGGUGCUUCUUAAUCAUUUAUGUCACAAUAAAAAAUGCCUCAUACCAACCAUCAUUAUUAUCAUGGCAGUGUAAACAGGAAAUAACAACUCAAUACCUCUUCAUAUUCUCAACAUAAAACCUGAAAGGUUUCCAAUAAAACUCUCAUGGAUAACA